CUCAGAAGGAACGCUAGUGCCAGGCCUGUUCUUCUCACAAUCCUGCUUCUUGGUUUACAUUGUUCUAAAUUCAUUAUUUUUUUUUCUUUUUUGCAAAAUCCUGUUCCUUUAAUCUUAAUUAAAAUUUUUGAAGGACUCUGCAAAAAAUGUCUCGUCUUCUUGCAGCUCUCUGGCUGCAGCUUUAUCUUUACAGCUUCUUGGAACCAGUGGAAGGAGGGAAGGUCCUGGUGAUGCCCGUGGAUGGUAGCCACUGGCUCAGUAUGAAGAUCCUGGUGGAGGAAUUGUCUCGGAGAGGACAUGAAAUGGUGGUUCUGGUUCCUGAGACCAGUAUGUUAAUCCAAGGCUCUGAUGCAUACACCGCUCGGAGCUUUAAGGUUCCCUACACCAAGGCUGAACUGGAUGGUAGCAUGAACAUUUUACAAGAUGCCAUUACGAAAGCACCGCAGGUCUCUGACUUAUUGGAGAACGUAGCCAGUCUCCUGAGCUUCACUAACAUGCAGGUGAAAGGAUGUGAGGCACUGCUGUAUAACGAGGCUCUAAUGCAGAACCUGCGAGAGGAACACUUUAAUCUCAUGCUCACUGAUCCCUUCCUGCCUUGUGGCCCCAUCAUUGCCGAAGCUUUCUCUCUUCCUGCAAUUUAUUUUCUCCGUGGACUUCCCUGUGAGCUGGAUCAGAAAGCAGCUCAGAGCCCAUCACCUCCAUCCUACGUCCCUCGCUUAUUUGUAGACAACACUGAUGUCAUGACAUUUCCUCAGAGGGUCAAGAACAUGCUCAUGGCAGGAUUCGAGUUUAUCCUCUACAGAAUACUUUAUGCCAGCUUUGAUGAACUCACCAGCAGAUAUCUCAAGAAGGAUGUUUCAUUUAGAGAUGUCCUUGGACAUGCUGCGAUUUGGCUCCAUAGAUAUGACUUCACCUUUGAGUACCCGAGACCUGUAAUGCCAAAUAUGGUGAAAAUUGGGGGCAUCAACUGUCAGAAGAAGAAGCCUUUGCCUGCGGAGCUGGAGGAGUUUGUGAGUGGCUCUGGAGAUCAUGGCUUCAUUGUAUUCACUUUGGGCUCCUUCGUAUCCAAGAUGCCAGAGUUCAAAGUCCAAAUAAUUUUUGAAGCUUUUAGACAGAUUCCUCAGAGGGUUCUAUGGAGAUACACCGGGGUCAUUCCCAAAGACAUUCCUGAAAAUGUCAAACUGAUGAAUUGGCUUCCACAGAACGACCUCUUAGCACACCCCAAGGCCAAGGUGUUCAUCACACAUGGAGGGUCCCACGGGAUCUAUGAGAGUAUCUGUAAUGGCGUACCAAUGGUGAUGAUCCCACUGUUUGGAGAUCAGAGAGACAACGUUCAGCGCAUGGUGGUGCGUGGAGUGGCAGAGAGCCUGACCAUGUAUGACCUGACCUCAGAGAAACUGCUGGGGGCACUCAGGAAAGUCCUCAAUGACAAGAGCUACAAAGAAAAGAUAACAAAGCUGUCUAUGAUCCAUAACGACCGUCCCAUCGAACCGCUGGACUUGGCUGUGUUCUGGACCGAGUUUGUGAUGAGACACGGAGGGGCUGAGCAUCUGAGACCAGCCGCUCACCACCUCAACUGGAUCCAGUACCACAGUCUCGACGUCAUCAGCUUCCUCCUGCUCUUUCUUGCCACUGUCGCUUUUAUCAACAUCAAAAUCUGUGUGUUCUGUUUCAGGAAGUGUUUCAAAAGGACUCAGAAGACCAAAAAGGAGUGAAGCAGCCAGUGAAUGAUCAGGAAACUAAUCAAUUUGGUGUUGUCUAUAACAGUGAUGAUUUCUGGGUAUGACGUUAUAUUGUGAUGUAAUCUAAAAUAUUCAUUUUAAUAUUCACAGGUGCCAACACUUACAUAGCAAUAGCCAUAGCAUUACAUUGCCAUAGCAAUUACAGUUCAUAACUUGCUAUGGAGGCAUUUUAAAAUAUAUACAUAUCUAUGAUUCUUAACAUUUUCAGCUAAUGCAGCACUCAAAUGCGAGACAAGUAAGCUGAUGUACAAUGAUAGGUGAAAGAUGUAGUAGUUGCUGAGAACACUUAUUUUCAUCUCAGUGAACUUUGACCUGCAAAUUAAUGAGUCUUCAUCAAGCCAAUAAUUAUUAAAUAUCAACACUGAAAUUAUAUCAAUUUUUUUUUAAAUUGUUGCUUGAUGAAUUGCUACAAUCACACCUACCAGAUCCAACGUACAGGUCAUGUGUACAACCUGACUCUAUCACAUGCUACUGAGAAAUAUGAAAUUAAAAUCAGUUCAUUUCUGUGGCCAAAAAGGUGGAACAUACUUUUCUUGUUUUUAAAAACAAACUUAAAUAAAUAAAUAAAUAAAUAAAUAAAUAAUGAGUGUUUUGCAUUUCUGUGCAAAUUCUGUUUUUUUUUUUCUUUCUGUAAUGCAAAUUUACUUUUGAGCAAUUUUGGCAUCUCUGAAUAUUAAAAACCCAUCUUGGAUCACUUUUUAAAGAUAUAAACAUGAGCGAAAGUGUUUCAGCAUUAUUCUAAAAAAACUACUGAAGGUGCUCCUCUUAACACAGAUGCACUAAUAAACAAUCUUCUAAUUUUC